GUAGAACGUGCACUUCGACCAGUACUAGUUCUGAAGGAACGCAGUUGGCAGUGGCAGGUAGGCGGCGACGUAGUGCACACGUGUUCGGAAGUAAGCAAGGAAAACGUAAUGUCGUUCUCUGGUGAGUUGUUUGUUUGGUGACAGCACUGGCUUCGUAAUCGAAAUUAUAUUUUGGGAGUACUUGUCAUGGAAACAUGUUUGUGCUGUUCGCUCGUCUAACAUAUCGAACCGUUUGCAAGUGAAGUGCGCGAGCGUCAAGAUAGAGGGGUGCAGGUGCACGAGCCAACACACGCAUGCAACGUUGUCUGCAGUGAGCAUUAGUACAACAUUGGCUAGCUACUGUUUUAAACCGUUAGCAAGCAACCUGGCUAGCUACUGCAGUAUAUAACUAUGACCUAGACACAUUUUGUAGUGGUCAUGAAUGAAUAACCACUCAUUUCUAUUUGGAGGAGACGAGUAGGCCUACCCGACACAACAGUUUGUCAGCAACAUGGCAUUCACCAGUCUUUUUUCAAGUCUUCCAAACAAAGAAUUUGACACGGCGCCUUGUGAGCCGAGAGAGAGAUUUCAAAGGGAUGAAAGGCAACUGGAACCAGUUAAACUGGAGGAGAACGAAAGGGAUGCCCAGUCCAGUCCAUUGCUAAGGGGUCAGCAGAGUGGCCCCAGGAAGAGGAAAAAAGGGGACCAACAGGAGCAGUGUGGCCAGGCCAAGAAAAGUAAGCUUCAUAAAUGCCCACCACAAUCUUAUAAAGACUUUGACUCUGUGGCCCGAGACUACAACAUGGUGAAGUGUGAUUUCGAGCAACCAGGCUUUGACUUCAGUAGAGACCUGGACUUCUACAGUGAUAGCAAGGAGGGUGCAUCCCCAGGUCAUGCUACAGAGAAGUCAUGUAGGAAGAACAUGAGGCCCGGAGAAGCCAAGGAUCCUGAUCAGAACAAGGAUGUUCAAGGUGAAAACGAGAAGAAAGGACAAGAGCAGAAGAAGCAGCGAUGGGAGCCCCAGCAGCAGAGACUUGACAACCAGGCCAGAGGCAGAGGGGGAAACUCUGCCAGGAGGGGUGGGGAUUUUAGCGGAAUGGGUGGAUGCGGAACUAACCAGCCCAGAGACUUCUCUCACAGGGGUGGAGGUGGUUCCAACAGGGGUGGAGAGUGGAGCAAUAGAGGCCGGGGCUGUGACAAGAGGGGCGGUUUUCUCAGAAGAGGUGAUUGGUCAAAGCGAGGCACUGACCGGUCACGUAGAGGUGAACGACAGUUCCCAAAUGAUGUACGUUUAACACUGGAAACUUUGACUGGAAAGGGGAAGAAGAACAUGACAAAGGAAUUCAAAGACCAGAAUGCUUUGGAGAUUGACGGAAGGUUAAUCUGUCGACAUUUCCUCAGGGGAAAGUGCAUCAAGGGUGAUGACUGCCAGCUAGAACAUGCUCUGGACGUCAACUACUCGAUCAACGAAGUGUGUAAAUUCUACGUCCAGGGAUCCUGUUCGAAAGGAGAGAGCUGCAUAUACAUGCACAAGAGUUUCCCCUGCAAGUUCUUCCAUACUUAUGAGAAGUGCUAUCAAGGAGACCAGUGCAGGUUUUCCCAUGAACCCCUGACUGAGCUUACCAAACAGCUACUGGAGGCAGCAUUGAAGAGGGACAAGGACAUUGAGGAACUGGCUAAAAAGGACAAGCCAAUCAGCAUGGAGGAGCCAGUGGCCACAAAGGAGUCGGUGACCGCUGAGGAGACAAAGCCUGUCAUUGCCAUAUUCCUGAAUCCGCUAAGGCCAAACUUUUACAACAGCUCAUGCCCCUCUGAGCCACAUGGUGAGGAAAGUACCCCCGUGUGUCAGAAUGAAGUGUCAGUUGAGGUCGUGGAGAAGGAAAUUUCCCCUCCUACAGAGUCCGUUCGGUCUCCUGAUCCUCCCCCAAACGCUGGCUUUAAGAAACCGGUUUCUUAUUCAGUUGAGGCUGUGCUUGGGUCCCAUAGGCCCCUUGAAAAACCCUUCCGCAGCUUCUUUGCAGCCUCUAUCAGCCAGACCUCACAGACCCAACCAGAUCCCCCCACAACUACAUUAGUUCCUCCAGACUCUAUCCACCCUCGUGAUCCACCCCUGAACUCUACAUGCGGCAAGAGAAAUGUUCCUUAUUCAGUCGAAGCUGUGCUUGGAUUCCAGAAGCCUGUAGAAAAACCCUUCUGCAGCCAAUUUUCAGGAUCCAUCACCCAGACCUUCACACUCCCCACACAGAUCCAAUCAGAUUCCCCCAGCACUACAUUCGUUUCUCCAGACCCCAUUAGUUCGUCUGAUCCUCGUCUGAAUAAGAGGCAGGCUUCUUAUUCAGUUGAUGCUUUCUCUACGACCCAGAAGCCAGUGAAAAAACCCUUUUGCAGUCUCUUUGCAGGGACGAUCAGCCAGACCUCCACUACACCUCUCAUACAGAACUCUGCUAAUUCUCCAAUCAACACCCUAAAGUCCCACAAGCCUGUGGAUAACCCUGUCACCAGCCUCGUUGCAGGCCCCAUCACCCAGUUCUCUCGCCACUCUGAUAUACAGACCCAGCUAGAUCGUCCUAGCACUACAUUAAAUCCUCCAGACUCCAUUCGGCCCCCUGAUCCUCCUUCAGUCUAUAAGAGGCCGGCUUAUUAUUCAGCUAAAGCUGUGCUUGGAUCUCCUAAACCUUUGAAACCAUCCUUCAGCAGCCUCUUUGCAAGCCCCAUCAGCCAGACAUCUCCCCAACCUUCCACACAGACCCAACCAGAUUCCCCUAGCACUACAUUUGGUCCUUCAGUCUCUGCUCCUCCUGCAGGCUGUAAAAGGCCGGAGUCGUAUUAUGUUACGGCUGUGCUUGAGCCCUAUAAGCCUGUGGAAAAUCCCUUCUGCAGCCUUUUUGCAGGAACCAUCAGCCAGACCAAUAUCGACCCUCCCUCACAGUCCCUAAACUCCCCAGGUUGUAAGGCACCAGCUUCUAAAAAGCCCAUGGGAAAACCCUUCCUUAGCCUCUUUGCAGGCCCCAUCAGCCAGACAACCCUCCCUGACCCUCCCAGACAGACACAACCAAAUCCCCCCAGAACUGCAUUUGGUCCUUCAGACCCCAUUCGGUCUUCUGAGCCUCUUCCAGUAUGCAAGAGACGGACAUCCUCAGUUGAGGCUGUCAGUGAGUCCCAAAAGUCCAUGGAAAAACCAUUCCGUAGCCUCUUUGCCGUCCCGCUCACACAGACCUCCACUUCCGGCCAUCCAACACAGACCCAACCAGAUCCCCCUAGAAAUUUCACUGGUUGUAAUAGACCAGCUUCUGAUUCAGUUGAGGCUAUGCUUGAGACUCAGAAGCCAGUGGGAAAACCCUUUCGCAGCCUCUUUGAGGGCCCCAUCAGCCAGACAACCCUCCCUGACCCUCCAACACAGACCUGGCCUUAUCCCCCAAUAGUCAAGCCUAAACCGGAGGUGCCAGACCCAACACCGCUCACCGAGCCAUCCACAACCCAUUCUGUUCUGAGGACCCUCUUCCUACGCCUGAGCCCAUGCCGCCAGGAGGGGGAGCAGGCGAUCAGUAACGGCUGCAAAGAUCCAGGAGGCGAUGGCCUGUGUUCCCGUGAAGACAAAAUCACCAGAGGAUUUACUUCCACAGGACAGCAGCGGCAGAGCCAAGAGGUGGAGGUUCAUGAGCUGGAGAGUGAGCGAGAGGAGCCGGAGGAGUGCGUUCUGAGAGAUGAGCUGUUGGUGAUUCCAUUAGAACCGUUAGUGCCUUACGUGCCACUCGGUGACCCUCGCCACCAUCGCCAGGCUGAUAUCACCCUGCCACGGUCCACCUUUGCUCGGGACGGGGUGUGGUCCUUUGAAGACCUUGUCCCUCUUCCUCCCCCCUCACUCAAUAACCAGCCGUCUGUCCCUCUGGCCUCCCCCUCUACUGAGAGAACAUCAGGUCCUGCUGUUGGACUGUCCAGCCCUGCAGGACUCAGGCCACAGCCUUCCCCACAGGACUCCAACUCUCAGGAGCAUCUAAUUCCCUCCAGGAAUUCAGGUAGGAGACAGGUCCAGGUGGAUACCCCCGGCAUUCACAACCUUCCAAUCCAAGCGAUGAUACGGCUCACUCGACGUAACACUGAUGUACAAUCAAAUCGACUGUCUGGCAACUGGUGGGCAUUAGGCUUCUAAGGCUGAACCAGCAGAGUGUGUUUUAAUUACAGUGCUUGAAAAAGUAUUUGGCCCACAUCACUUUUUCACAUUUAAGUCUCACAGCCUUGGAUUUUGAUGCAUUAGAUUGGGAACUUUUAUUUGUGAGUCACACUCUUCAGAACCCCCCCCUCCAGUCAGGGCUUCUUCCUUGCCACUCUGCCAUAAAGAUCCUUUUUGUGGAAUGCCUUGGAGAUUGUUGAUACAUCAUCGUCCAUUGCAGCCACUGACUAAUGUAACUCAUUUAGAGUCACAGUUGGCCUCACAGUAGCUUCCGUAAGUGCCUUUCCUGUCCGGCAGCUAAGUUAAGAGUGGGGGCCUGAUCUAGGGAGUGUUGUGGUAGUUUAUUUUUUUCACUCGGACUGCACUGAGCUCAGAGGGACUUUCAGUGACGUUGAAAUGGUUGUGUACCCUUCCCCAGAUUUGUGCUUCUCUAUAAUCACAUCUCUGACUUGCUCCUUCUUUUGAAAGUCUCUAUCAUACUGUGGGACCAUACAGAGAGGCGCUAUUUAUCCUUACAGAUUAAUUUAAGGCAGGUGAUCUAUACAUUUCUUACACAGGUGGAGUCCAACACAUUGUGACUUGUUGAGGAAAUGUAUUGCACCAGAGCAAAUUUAGGCUUUCAAUUACAAAGGGUAUGAAUACCUUUUUUAAUCUGAUUUCCACCAUCUCACACAUUGCACCUGGGCUGCCACCAUGAAGACAUUACAAAAGGCACAUAACUACAAAGUAUUGAUCAUUUUGAUAAUCUCAAAGCACAAGUAAUAAAUCCAGCACAAUUAAAAAAAAAUUUGGACCUUUAUUUAACUAGGCAAGUCAGUUAAAAACAUUCUUAUUUACAAUGACGGAAAAGAGAACCAAAAAGUUGGCCCCCACCCAGCCAACAUGUUGUGCAAUAAUUUGGGAGCCUGGCGCACGGUGGCUGGACUGUCAUACAGCUCCAUGAUUAGGAUAGGACUAUUCAAAACUUAUUGUACAUUGCUUUUUUUUGCUUUUUUUUUUUACACCUUCCAAAAUGUCAUGGUUUGAAUUUGACAACUUUCAGGAUGAAUCAAACUGCAAUUUUAUUAUUCAAUAUAUAUUGUGCCUAAAGGCUCUAAAGCAGUUUUUCUGAUUCAUACUUUUCUAACCCAAAAAUGUCCCUAAAUAUACCAGUUGGUGCUGAAACAGAGAUGAAUAUGCAUAUUUAGAUGGCUAUUUUUCAUUGAUCCAUAUAUUCUGAACACGUUCUCUAUGUAUUCUAGUCUGUCAACAAAUUCUAAUUAAAGCUAUACUGUAUUUAAGGGAUGGCUUAAGAUAAAUGUAUUGAAAACCCUAUUGAAUGACAACUCCACAAGGAAAUCUGUUGGCCAGCAAGUGGGAAGGUUUUCAGCUGUUUAAUUAAGUGUGCCCAAGGAACCCAGGCAUGCAAAGCCCGUUGCACACCUGCAUAAGUUAAGUCUGUAUACCAACUACUGAGAAGUGCAUAGAAAAGGCAUACAUUUCCUAAAUCUGAGUCAGGCCGCUUAGAAAAUGUAUGCCCUUCUCAGUAUAAUGGUUUGAUUAAUCCUGAAAUUUGCCAUUCAGUAGUUCAAUUCAUUAAAUAUUGGAUAUUUACAUUAGAUAAAUGUACUGAAAACCCUAUUGAAUGAAAACUCCAUGAGAAAAUCUGUUGGCCAACAAGUGGGAGGGUUUUGGGUGGUUGAAUUACAUGUAUUCAGUGUGCAUAAGGAAGCAACAUAAGGUAAGUCUGAAUACCAAGUACAUUUCCUAAGUCUGAAUCGGUCUUUUUUUGUUGUUGCUUAGACUACUACUCCUUUAGCCUGCAUCUGACUCCAACACAUCCUGUUUCUCUUUUGGUCCCUCCCCUUCCCCCUCAUUGCUAGCAUGGAAGCCAUUGCUGUCUGAAUGUCAACAAGGAGAAGUUUUGACUCCACUCGGGCUGUGGCUGCUUCUCCAAAGCAUUAGCAUUGACAUUGUUAACCUUAGCAGCGUCAUCUUGCUUACUCUAUUCCCCCUUCAUUCUCGUCAUUAUCAAGGCUUUUUCUCUGGAAGCAUCCCAUCUGAGUAGAAAGGAAAGGGGAAAACAAUGUUGAACAGUUCAACAAUCAAAGUGUUGGUCCUUACAAUGCAGAAGCAAAGGUUCCGUCGCAUCAUUGAUACUCACCAUAUACAUGGCCAUUGUGAUGAUGAUCAGGAGAAAGAGUCCUACUCCAACUCCUGUCCCUAGUAUCAGCUCGCUUUGUGGAUGAAUGAUCAUCUCAGCCUGAACAUCAAUCUGGAGGAAUACAUUUUGAGACCAUCCGUGACGAUAAAACAAGCAUUUUAAAACAACUCUUAUGCAGUAAAUCAGUUUAAUUCCACAAAUUAAUUACCUGUAUUUGGUGGAAGCUUGUAGAAUUAUCCUAAUGAGCAAAGAAAUAUUACAAAAUGUAUGCUUUUGUGAAUCUUUGCUCAAUAAAUAUUUAUCUUUGUU